AUGCAAGCGGCGCGAUGCCCGACAGAUGACCUAUCGUUGACAAACUGUGCUGUGGUGAGCGAAAAGGAUCUGCAGUCUGGACAGUGAGUAAUCACCCUAUACAGUAUAGCCCUCUGUAGUCUGGAAAACCACACUGUCUACAUCAGGGUUCCCCACUUCAGCUCGAAGUGAUUUUAAGUUUGGAAAUCUGUUCCCAAGUAUUCCCACGCAUAAUAGAGAGACACGUGAUUGUAUACAAAUGUAAGCAACUGUAUUAUAUCUGUUUGGGCUUCUUGCGGUCAAUUUGCAGUCUACAAAUUGUUAUGUUCCGGCCCCCCAACAAUCUGCUCAAGAAAAAAUUGGCCCGCGGCUGAAUCUAGUUGAUGAUCCCUGGUCUACGUGUUUCAACUCUGGUGCUGUAGUCUGGUGUAGCAUUUAACACUUGGGACAUGGGCCUCCAGAGUGGCGCAGCAGUCUAAGGCACUGCAUUGGUGUGCUUUAGGCGUCACUACAGACCCGGGUUCGAUCCCAGGCUGUGUCACAGCCGGCCGUGACCGGUAGACCCAUGAGGUGGCGCACAAUUGGCCCAGUGUCGUCCGGGUUAGUGGAGGGUUUGGCCGGCCGGGAUUUCCUUGUCCCAUCGUGCUCUAGCAACUCCUUGUGGUGGGCCGGGCGCCUGCAAGCUGACUUCGGUCGCCAGCUGGACGGUGUUUCCUCUGACACAUUGGUGCGGCUGGCUUCCGAGUUAAGCAAGCAGUGUGGCUUGGCAGGGUCGUGUUUCAGAGGACGCAUGGCUCUCGACCUUCGCCUCUCCCGAGUCCGUAGGGGAGUUGCAGCAAUGGGACAAGACUGUAACUACUUAGGCAACAUUAGCCACACCUACAGUGCCUUGCAAAAGUAUUCAUUCCCCUUGGCGUUUUCCUAUUUUGUUGCAUUACAACCUGUAAUUUAAAUGGAUUUUUAUUUGGAUUUCAUGUAAUGGACAUACACAAAAUAGUCCAAAUUGGUGAAGUGAAAUGAAAAUAAUUCUAACAAAUAAAUAACGGAAAAGUGGUGCGUGCAUAUGUAUUCACCCACUUUGCUAUGAAGCCCCUAAAUAAGAUCUGGUGCAACCAAUUACCUUCAGAAGUCACAUAAUUAGUUAAAUAAAGUCCACCUGUGUGCAAUCUAAGUGUCACAUGAUCUCAGUAUAUAUACACCUGUUCUGAAAGGCCCCAGUGUCUGAAACACCACUAAGCAAGGGGCACCACCAAGCAAGCGGCAUCAUGAAGACCAAGGAGCUCUCCAAACAGGUCAGGGACAAAGUUGUGGAGAAGUACAGAUCAGGGUUGGGUUAUAAAAAAAAUAUCUGAAACUUUGAACAUCCCACGGAGCACCAUUAAAUCCGUUAUUAAAAAAUGGAAAGAAUAUGGCACCACAACAAACCUGCCAAGAGAGGGCCGCCCACCAAAACUCACGGACCAGGCAAGGAGGGCAAUAAUCAGAGAGGCAACAAAGAGACCAAAGAUAACCCUGAAGGAGCUGCAAAGCUCCACAGCGGAGAUUGGAGUAUCUGUCCAUAGGACCACUUUAAGCCGUACACUCCACAGAGCUGGGCUUUAUGGAAGAGUGGGCAGAAAAAAGCCAUUGCUUAAAGAGAAAAAUAAGCAAACACAUUUGGUUUUCGCCAAAAGGCAUGUGGGAGACUCCCCAAACAUAUGGAAGAAGGUACUCUGGUCAGAUUAGACUAAAAUUGAGCUUUUUGGCCAUCGAGGAAAACGCUAUGUCUGGCGCAAACCCAACACCUCUCAUCACCCCGAGAACACCAUCCCCAGAGUGAAGCAUGGUGGUGGCAGUAUCAUGCUGUGGGGAUGUUUUUCAUCGGCAGGGACUGGGAAACUGGUCAGAAUUCAAAGAAUGAUGGAUGGUGCUAAAUACAGGGAAAUUCUUGAGGGAAACCUGUUUCAGUCUUCCAGAGAUUUGAGACUGGGACGGAGGUUCACCUUCCAGCAGGACAAUGACCCUAAACAUACUGCUAAAGCAACACUUGAGUGGUUGAAUGGCCUAGUCAAAGCCCAGACCUCAAUCCAAUUGAGAAUAUGUGGUAUGACUUAAAGAUUGCUGUACACCAGUGGAACCCAUCCAACUUGAAAGAGCUGGGGGGGGGGGGGGGUUUGCACAAUAAACAAAUAUUUUGCAUCUUCAAAGUGGGAGGCAUGUUGUGUAAAUCAAAUGAAAAUCCAUUUUAAUUCCAGGUUGUCAGGCAACAAAAUAGGAAAAAUGCCAAGGGGGGUGAAUACUUUCGCAAGCCACUGUAUCUGCUCCCUGGACCACACCUAAAGUAAAAAUAAAUCUAAGGAGAACACUGAAAUAAAUGCUAAGGCACAAUUUUAAACAUUUUGAAACAACACUUGAUCUCCUUUGAUAUUUUUUUUCUUCAUUUUUAUUGGCGGUACAGUGGGAAUGUUGAUAGUGUGACAGUAUAGAGAAGCAAAAAAAGAGUGGCCAAGACUGUGCUCAAACAUGGCUCGUACAUACAAUACUGUAGGGCAUGUGAGGUCCUGAGUGUUCUUUUUAAAACCUUUUUAAAAAACUUUUACCCCUUUUUCGUGAUAUCCAAUUGGUAACAAUAGGAGAAACACUGUUCACAUCGACUCUGUAAGGGCAUUUACAAAUAAGCCAUUGAAAAAAGAUCACAGGUACUAGCAUUGAACCUUGCGUUACUACACACUACAUUCAACUAUUUGUUGAAUAAUACAAUUGCAAUUUUUUACUGUCUUUUAGAGAUAAAUAGGAAUCAAUAAAUGGUUGAUUUCAGUAGCAGCUUUUCCCACCUGAUCUCUCUUUAUAUAUUUUCUGCUCAUUGUUAGGGACCACACAUCUCUUGCUAAUUUGAGAUUAGUCCACCAGCAAUGGAAUCCUCUUGGUUGUCAAAGGGGGAAGGGUGGGAACAUGUUGUUGAUUUGGGCCUAUAGCCCUGCCACCUACCCUCUCCUCUAUUCCUGGAAAAUGUUGGAUUAAUUUCUUUCCUCAAUGGCUGUUCUACCCACAAUUCAAUUCUCUUUUCAAAUAUAAGUAUGUUGCUUAGAGCACUCACCGGUGCUAUAAUCACUUCGUUACAGUAGGGUUUCGACUGAGAUUGGCAUCUCCUCGGUUUCCUCUCUGCAGAACUAGUACACAGCUAUCUAAAUAUGUGCAUUCAUUUUUUUUAAUUGUCAUAUAAUCAGUGCCACAUUUUUGCUGUGAAGUAAUGUAUUUUUCUGAUUUCAUACAAAAAAAUUAUUAGCAGAAUAGUUGUUAUGUGAAAAAGAAAACAGUUGUAAAUAUGAUAUUCUGUUGAGGUCAUUUUGCCUGUGUAUAUGGAACAGAUGUCCAUGAGUUUCUCAAAUCCUCUCUCUACAGACAUGUCACUGUGAAGACUACGCCAACUCACAAGUUUGUGUUCACCACAAAAACCCACCACGCCAUAGUCCCUGGCACUAUCGCUUUCAGUCUGCCACAGGUAAAAAACACACCUACUCCAGAUCUUUAUAUUGUACUGAAUCUGCAAUGUUUUAUAAAGAUAAAGUACACCUAUUUAUAAUCUAAAUGAAUUUCUCCAAAACAAAUAUAUUUAAAAAACACUACAAUUCUAAUAUUUUAAGCAUACUGUACAUGCCCCUCUUCCCUCUGCUUCCCUGUCAUUCUUGGCUUACUUAUCUCUCUUCUUUCUUUCUCUCAGAGGAAAUGGGCCGGUCUGUCCAUUGGACAGGAGGUGGAAGGUAAUUCACUCCAUUUCAUUAAUGAGUCUGAGGAAAAUAAAACUAUGACCAAAGAUACUGCCUCGUUUACACUGCACCCUGCACAGUCCCUAAUAUACUGUACCUUCACAUCUUGACCACAACCAAUAGCUCACUUUAACAUACCUAUUUAAUUUUUGACAGUACAGUAUUUCUGACAGUACAAAUUAUACAGUACUCUGACAUGAGUCCUCUCCCCUCAUAGUGGCCAACUACAACUUUGACAAGUCCCAGCAGUGUAUCGGUGCCAUGACUAUAGAGAUUGACUUCCUCCAGAAGAAGAGCACGGACACCAGCCCCUACGACUCAGACAAGAUGGCCAGCGAGUUCAUCCAGCAGUUCAACAACCAGGGCUUCUCUGUCACCCAGCAGGUCAUUCAGAACAACAAACACUACAGCCGGUCACAACUCUUCACACUUUUCCUGCACACUUCCCUUCCCUGGAGUUACAAGGAAAAAGACUGGUGGUUUACAUCAAUCAAAUUAUUUUAGAUGUGGGUAGGAGUGCGCACUUGGGAGAAUUGGGAUGCAACACAUCCUUCCUCUCUCCUCUCAUCCUCUCUCUCCUCAUCCUCUCUCUCCUCAUCCUCUCUCUCCUCAUCCUCUCUCUCCUCAUCCUCUCUCUCCUCAUCCUCUCUCUCCUCAUCCUCUCUCCUCUCAUCCUCUCUCUCCUCAUCCUCUCUCUCCUCAUCCUCUCUCUCCUCAUCCUCUCUCUCCUCAUCCUCUCUCCUCUCAUCCCUCUCUCCUCAUCCUCUCUCCUCUCAUCCUCUCUCUCCUCAUCCUCUCUCCUCUCAUCCUCUCUCCUCUCAUCCUCUCUCUCCUCUCUUCUAUCAUCCUUCCUGUCCUCCUCCCUUCCUCCCCAGUUGGUGUUCAGUUUCUGCGACAAGCUCUUUGGGCUGGUGAUCAAAGACAUCGAGGCCAUGGACGCCAGCAUCCUCAAGGGGGAGCCAGCAUCUGGCAAGAAGCAGAAGGUACCCAGAGUUACAUUAACCUACUGCUGUAACAACUCAGCCCUUUAUGAUAUGGGCCCUAGUUGGAAUUACCCCCCUUCCUUGAAGUAAUCCAUGAUUAGAAAUGACUGGACAGGUGAACGCCAAGUGGUGGAGCCCUUGCUUUCACCUGCCCCUUCAUUUAGAACGAGGCCUCUAUUUGACGAGGGAAUGCGCUGCUAGGGUGCUGGUCGAAGUCCAAAGGGCACUCUGCAGAAUUGUAAGAGUUGAUUUGAAACAGUUAUUUGUAAUAACCAGUAGUUGGUAAUAAUUCCAAUAAAUCCUGUUUCCCUUAGAUUGACAUUGGCCUGCUGGUGGGGAACAGCCAGGUGGUUUUCGAGAAAGCAGAGAGCUCCUCCCUCACAUUAGUUGGUAAGUCACAGAGGAGUUCAUACAGAAUACAGGUAGAUUAUAUAGGAGCUAUAUCUAACUAUUGCACAAGAUGGUACCAGAACAGGCACAUCUUUCUGCACAGUUUAUAUUCAAACAUACAGUGCACUCAGAAAGUAUUCAGACCCCUUCUCUUUUUCCACAUUUUGUUACUUUACAGCCUUAUUCUAAAAUGGACACCAUUUUCCCCCCAAAUCAAUCUACACACAAUACCCCAUAAUGAUAAAGCGAAAACAGGUUUUUAGAAAUUUUUCACAUUUAUAAAAAAAUAAAAACUGAAAUACCUUAUUUACAUAAGUAUUCAGACCCUUUGCUAUAAGACUUGAAAAUUGAGCUCAGGUGCAUCCUGUUUCCAUUGAUCAUCCUUGAGAUGGUUCUACAACUUGAUUGGAGUCCACCUGUGGUAAAUUCAAUUGAUUGGACAUGAUUUGGAAGGCACACACCUGUCUAUAUAAGGUCCCACAGUUGACAGUGCAUGUCAGAGCAAAAACCAAGCCAUGAGGUCAAAGGAAUUGUCCGUAGAGCUCGGAGACAGGAUUGUGUCGAGGCACAGAGCUGGGGAAGGGUACCAAAAAAUGUCUGCAGCAUUGAAGGUCCCCAAGAACACCGUGGCCUCCGUCAUUCUUAAAUGGAAGAAGUUUGGAACCACCAAGACUCUUCCUAGAGCUGGCCUCCCGGCCAAACUGAGCAAUUGGGGGAGAAGGGCCUUGGUCAGGGAGGUGACAAAGAACCCGAUGGUCUCUCUGACAGAUGGGAGAACAAUUGGAGAUUUUUGGUUCCAACCGCUGUGUCUUUGGUGUGGGGGUGCUUUGCUGGUGACACUUUCUGUGAUUUAUUUAGAAUUCAAGGCACACUUAACCAGCAUUGCUACCACAGCAUUCUACAUCGAUAUGCCAUCCCAUCUGGUUUGCGCUUAGUGGGACUAUCAUUUGUUUUUCAACAGGACAAUGACCCAACACACCUCUAGGCUGUGUAAGGGCUAUUUUACCAAGAAGGAGAGUGAUGGAGUGCUGCAUCAGAUCACCUGGCCUCCACAAUCCCCCGACCUCAACCCAACUGAGAUGGUUUGGGAUGAGUCGGACCGCAGAGUGAAGGAAAAGCAGCCAACAAGUGCUCAGCAUAUGUGGGAACUCCUUCAAGACUGUUGGAAAAGCAUUCCAGGUGAAGCUGGUUGAGAGAAUGCCAAGAGCGUGCAAAGCUGUCAUCAAGGCAAAUGGUGGCUAUUUGAAGAAUAUGUUGUAUAACACUUUUUUGGUUACUACAUGAUUCCAUAUGUGUUAUUUCAGAGUUUUGAUGUCUACAAUGUAGAAAAUAGUAAAAAGAAAGAAAAACCCUUGAAUGAGUAGGUGUUCUAAAACUUUUGACCAGUAGUGUAUAGGCAGAAACUUAAAACAGGAAGCUCCCGUGGUAAGGACUGUUCAUCAUUGGUCUGACCAAUCGUAAUCUAUGCUUCAAGAUUGUUUUGAUCACACGGACUGUGAGAUGUUCUGGGUCUCCUCUGAGAAUAGUAUCGACGUUAACACAGACUCAGUGACGGGGUUCAUCAGCAAGUGCAAUUGAGGAUGUUGUUCCCACUGUGACGAUUAGAACUUAUCCAAAAACUGUGGACAGAAGGCAGUAUUCUUGCAAAACUGAAAGCGUGAACCACCGCAUUUAACCAUGGCAAGGAGACUGGGAACAUGGACGUGUACAAACAGACCAACUAUGACCUCCGUAAGGCAAUCAAAGAGGCAAAAUAACAGCACAGGGACAAAGUGGAGUCGUAAUUCAACGGCUCAGACACGAGGCAAAUGUGUCAGGGACUCCAGACAAUCACAGAUUAUAAAGGGAAAGCCAGCCAGGUUGCGGACACCGACGCCUCGCUCCCCGGACGAGCUAAACACCUUCUUCGCCCAUUUAGAGGAAAACAACAUCGAGCUGCCGAUGUGGGCCCCUCUGUACCCAAGAAAGCGAAGGUAACUGAACUAAAUGACUAAAUGACUUUGAGAGGCUAGUUAAGGACCAUAUCACCGCCACCCUACCCAACACCCUAGUCACUAUAAUUCGCAUAUCGCCGCAACAGAUCGACGGACAACCAAUCGCCAUUGCACUGCACACUGCCCUAUCCCACCUGGACCUAUGUAAAGAAUGCUGUUCAUCAACUACAACUCAGCCUUCAACACCAUAGUGCCCUCCAAGCUCAUCACUAAGCUCAGGGCCCUGGUUCUCCCUGUGCAACUGGGUCCUGGACUUCCUGAAGGGGCCGACCCUAAGUGGUGAAGGUAGGCAACAACACCUCUGUCACGCUGAUCCUCAACACGGGGUCGCCACAGACGUGCGUGGUCAGCCCCUCCUGUACUCUCUGUUCACCCAUUACUGCGUGGCCAUGCACGUCUCCAACUCAAUCAUCAAGUUUGCUGAAGACACAACAUUGGUAGGCCUGAUUACCAACAACGAUGAGACAGCCUACAGGGAGUAGGUGAGCGCCGUGGCGUAGUGGUGCCAGGAAAAUAACCUCUCCCUCAAUGUCAACAAAAUGAAGGAGCUGAUCGUGGAUUACAGGAGACAGCAGAGCGUGGUGAUGAAGUUGCAACAGCGCCUCUUCAACCUCAGGAGGCUGAAUACAUUUGGCUUGGCCCCUAAGACCCUCACGAAUUUCUACAGAUGUACCAUUGAGAGCAUCCUGUCAGGCUGUAUCACCACCUGGUAGGGCAAUUGCACCGUCCGCAACCGCAGGAAUCUCCAGGGGGUAUUGCGGUCAGCCCAACGCAUCACCCGGGGCACACUGCCUGCCUUCCAGGACAUCUACAGCACCCGGUGUCACAGGAAGGCCCCAGCCACUCUAGCCACGUCCUAUUCACCCCGCUACCAUCUAGAAGGCGGAGACAGUACAGGUGCAUCAAAUCUGGGACUGAGAGACUGAGAAACAGUUCAUAUCUCUAGGCCAUCAGACUGUUAAACAGUCACCACUAGCCUUAGUCACUGUUCUAGCCGACUACCACCCGAUACCCUCCUCUGCACCUUAGAGACUGCUGUCCUAUGUACAUACAGUAGAUAGUCAUUAAACACUGGUAACUUUAAUAAUGUUUACAUACUGUUUUACCCACUUUAUAUGUAUAUACUGUGUGUCUUGUCCUAUAUAACUACUGCUGUACACACUUUUUCUAUUCAUAUACUGUCUAUUUUGUCUUUACACACCAUAUAUAUAUAUACACAGUACCAGUCAAAAGUUUGGACACACCUACUCAUUCAAGGGUUUUUCUUUAUUUUUACUAUUUUCUACAUUGUAGAAUAAUAGUGAAGACAUCAAAACUAUGAAAUACAGUGGCUUGCGAAAGGAUUCACCCCCCUUGGCAUUUUUCCUAUUUUGUUCCCUUACAACCUGGAAUUAAAAUGAAUUUUUGGGGGUUUGUAUCAUUUGAUUUACACAACAUGCCUACCACUUUGAAGAUGCAAAAUAUGUUUUUUGUGUGAAACAAACAAGAAAUAAGACAAAAACACAGAGAACUUGAGCGUGCAUAACUAUUCACCCCCCCAAAGUCAAUACUUUGUAGAGCCACCUUUUGCAGCAAUUACAGCUGCAAGUCUCUUGGGGUAUGUCUCUAUAAGCUUGGCACAUCUAGCCACUGGGAUUUUUGCCCAUUCUUCAAGGCAAAACUGCUCCAGCUCCCUCAAGUUGGAUGGGUUCCACUGGUGUACAGCAAUCUUUAAGUCAUACCACAGAUUCUCAAUUGGAUUGAGGUCUGGGCUUUGACUAGGCUAUUCAAGACAUUUUAAUGUUUCCCCUUAAACCACUCAAGUGUUGCUUUAGUAGUAUGCUUAGUGUCACGAUCGUCUUCUUGUGAGAUAUUGGACCAAGGCGCAGCGUGUGCAAAAUACAUCUCUUUAUUUUGGAAGAGAGAAAAACACGAAACCGAACACUAUCCAAAACUAACAAAACAACAAACGACCGUGAAGCUAAAUAACGUAAGUGCACAGACAAGCAACAAACGUUCAACCUAGACAAUUACCCACAAACACAUGAUGCCCAUGGCUGCCUUAAAUAUGGCUCCCCAUUAGAGACAAAUAACCACAGCUGUCUCCAAUUGAGAACCAAUCUAGGCAGCCAUCAACAUACAAACACAUAGACAAGACAUUACCCCAUUAAACCUACAAACCCCUAGACAAACCAAAACACAUACUUCACCAUGUCACACCCUGACCUAACUAAAACAUUAAUGAAAACAAAGAUAACUAAGGCCAGGGUGUGACAUAACCCCCCCCUUAAGGUGCGAACUCCGGGCGCACCAGCAUAAAGUCUAGGGGAGGGUCUGGGUGGGCGUCUGUCCACGGUGGCGGCUCUGGCACUGGUCGUGGUCCCCACCCCACCAUAGUCACUACCCGCUUUCGUAGCCUCCUCCAAAUGACCACCCUCCAAUUUAACCCCACUGGAUUAAGGGGCAGCACCGGACUAAGGGGCAGCACCGGACUAAGGGGCAGCACCGGACUAAGGGGCAGCACCAGGAUAAGGGGCAGCACCAGGAUAAGGAGCAGCACCAGGAUAAGGGGCAGCACCAGGAUAAGGGGCAGCACCGAGCUAAGGGGCAGCACCGGACUGAAUGGCGGAUCCUGGCUGGCUGGCUCUGGCGGAUCCUGGCUGGCUGGCGGAUCCUGGCUGGACGGCUCUGGCGGAUCCUGUCUGGACGGCUCUGGCGGAUCCUGUCUGGCGGAAGGCUCUGGCUGAUCCUGUCUGGCGGAAGGCUCUGGCUGAUCCUGUCUGGCGGAAGGCUCUGGCUGAUCCUGUCUGGACGGCUCUGGCGGAUCCUGUCUGGCCGGCUCUGGCGGAUCCUGUCUGGCGGAAGGCUCUGGCUGAUCCUGUCUGGCGGAAGGCUCUGGCUGAUCCUGUCUGGCGGAAGGCUCUGGCUGAUCCUGUCUGGACGGCUCUGGCGGAUCCUGGCUGGACGGCUCAUGGCUGGCUGACGGAUCUGGCUGCUCAUGGCUGGCUGACGGAUCUGGCUGCUCAUGGCUGGCUGAAGGAUCUGGCUGCUCAUGGCUGGCUGACGGAUCCGGCUGCUCAUGGCUGGCGGAAGGCUCUGGCCGAUCCUGUCUGGCGGAAGGCUUUAGCGGCUCCGGUCUGGCGGACGGCUCUGAAGGCUCAUGGCAGACGGGCGGCUUAGCAGGCUCAGUACAGACGGGCAGUUCAUGCAGCGCUUGGCAGACGGACAGUUCAGACGGCGUUGGGCAGACGGGCAGUUCAGGCGCCGUUGGGCAGACGGCAGACUCUGGCCGGCCGAGACGCACUAUAGGCCUGGUGCGUGGUUGCGGAACUGGAGGUACCGGGCUGAGGACACGCAUCUCAGGGCUAGUGCGGGGAGAAGGAACAGGGCAUGCUGGACCCUGGGGACGCACAUAAGGCCUAGUGCGUGGUGCCGGAACUGGUGGUCCCGGGCUGAGGACACGCAUCUCAGGGCUAGUGCGGGGAGCAGCAACAGGGCAUGCUGGACCCUGGGGACGCACAUAAGGCCUAGUGCGUGGUGCCGGAACUGGUGGUCCCGGGCUGAGGACACGCAUCUCAGGGCUAGUGCGUUGAGCAGGAACAGGCCGGGCUGGGCUGGCGACGCACACCGUAGGCUUAGUACGUGGAGCAGGAACAGGCCGGGCUGGACUGGCGACGCACACCGUGGGCUUGAUGCGUGGAGUAGGAACAGGUCGGGCUGGGCUGGCCCCGCACACCGUAGGCUUUGUACGUGGAACAGGAACCGACCGGGCUGGACUGGCGACGCACACCGUGGGCUUGAUGCGUGGAGUAGGAACAGGCCGGUCCGUACUGGGAACACACACCACUGGCCUUAACCGGGGAUCAGGAACGGGCCGGACCGGACUGGUAACACACCUCAGUCUCUUACGCCGUGCCUCAACUACUUCCCUCCCUCUACUCGCCAAUGGCUCCCGUAAUCCGGUAGCCUUCUCUCCACGUCUCCCUGUGGCAGCCUCCUGCUGCCCAGCCGCCCAAGCCAUGUGCCCCCCCCAAAAAACUUUUUGGGGUUGCCUCUCGUCCUUCCGACGAUGGCCCUGCUGACGCCGUUGCUCCUCUCUCAGUCGCCUCUCCACUGUUUCACUCCAUGGCCGGCGAUCCAUCCCAUCCAGGAUCUCCUCCCAAGUCCAAGACCCUUUACCAUCCACAAUCUCCUCCCAUGUCCAGACCCUUGGCUCCUGGACACGCUGCUUGGUCCUGGUAUGGUGGGUAAUUCUGUCACGAUCGUCUUCUUGUGAGAUAUUGGACCAAGGCGCAGCGUGUGCAAAAUACAUCUCUUUAUUUUGGAAGAGAGAAAAACACGAAACCGAACACUAUCCAAAACUAACAAAACAACAAACGACCGUGAAGCUAAAUAACGUAAGUGCACAGACAAGCAACAAACGUUCAACCUAGACAAUUACCCACAAACACAUGAUGCCCAUGGCUGCCUUAAAUAUGGCUCCCCAUUAGAGACAAAUAACCACAGCUGUCUCCAAUUGAGAACCAAUCUAGGCAGCCAUCAACAUACAAACACCUAGACAAGACAUUACCCCAUUAAACCUACAAACCCCUAGACAAACCAAAACACAUACUUCACCAUGUCACACCCUGACCUAACUAAAACAUUAAUGAAAACAAAGAUAACUAAGGCCAGGGUGUGACACUUAGGGUCAUUGUCCUGCUGGAAGGUGAACCUCUGUCCCAGUCUCAAAUCUCUGGAAGACUGAAACAGGUUUCCCUCAAGAAUUUCCCUGAAUUUAGCGCCAUCCAUCAAUCCUUCAAUUCUGACCAGUUUCGCAGUUCCUGCCAAUGAAAAUCAUCUCCACAGCAUGAUGCUGCCACCACCAUGCUUCACUGUGGGGAUGGUGUUCUCGGGGUGAUGAGAGGUGUUGGCUUUGCGCCAGACAUAGCGUUUUCCUUGAUGGCCAAAAAGCUAAAUUUUAUUCUCAUCUGUCCAGAGUACCUUCUUCCAUAUGUUUGGGGAGUCUCCCACAAGCCUUUUGGCGAACACCAAACGUGUUUUCUUUUUUUUUUCUUUAAGCAAUGGCUUUUUUCUGGCCACUUAAAGCCCAGCUCUGGGGAGUGUACGGCUUAAAGUGGUCCUAUGGACGGAUACUAAAAUCUCCGCUGUAGAGCUUUGCAGCUCCUUCAGGGUUAUCUUUGGUCUCUUUGUUGCCUCUCUGAUUAAUGCCCUCCUUGCCUGGUCUGUGGGUUUUGGUGGGCGGCCCUCUCUUGGCAGGUUUGUUGUGGUGCCAUAUUCUUUCAAUUUUUUAAUAAUUGAUUUAAUGGUGCUCCGUGGGAUGUUCAAAGUUUCUGAUAUUUUUUUAUAACCCAACCCUGAUCUGUACUUCUCCACAACUUUGUCCCUGACCUGUUUGGAGAGCUCCUUGGUCUUCAUGGUGCCGCUUGUUUGGUGGUGCCCCUUGCUUAGUGGUGUUGCAGACUCUGGGGCCUUUUCAGAACAGGUGUAUAUAUACUGAGAUCAUGUUACACUUAGAUUGCACACAGGUGGACUUUAUAUAACUAAUUAUGUGACUUCUGAAGGUAAUUCAUUGCACCAGAUCUAUUUAGGGGCUUCAUAGCAAAGGGGGUGAAUAAAUAUGCACGCACCACUUUUCCGUUAUUUAUUUUUUAGAAUUUUAUGAAACAAGUUAUUUUUUUCACUUCACCAAUUUGGACUAUUUUGUGUAUGUCCAUUACAUGACAUCCAAAUAAAAAUCAAUUUAAAUUACAGGUUGUAAUGAAACAACAUAGUAAAAGUAAAAACGCCAAGGGGGAUGAAUACUUUUGCAUGGCACUGUAACACAUAUGGAAUCAUGUAGUAACCAAACAAAUAUUUUAUAUUUGAGAUUCUUCAAAUAGCCACCAUUUGCCUUGAUGACAGCUUUGCACACGCUUGGCACUCUCAACCAGCUUCAUGAGGUAGUCACCUGGAAUGCAUUUAAAUUAACAGGUGUGCCUUCUUAAACGUUAAUUUGUGGAAUUUCUUUCCUUCUUAAUGCGUUUGAGCCAUACUCCCUCUCCCUCUCCGGCGUUCGAGGUCACCGAUCCUGGGAUUCAUCAUUACGCGCACCUGCACGUCAUCAUCAGGCACACCUGGACUCAAUCACCUUCCUGAUUACCUCCCCUAUAUAUGUCACUCCCUUUGGUUAUUUCCCUAGGCGUUAUUGAUUCUGUUCCUGUGUUUCAUGUUUGUACGCUACUCGUGUUUCUUGUUUUGUUCCAUGUAUUAUUUAUUAUUAAAUUCACUCCCUGUACUUGCUUUCCGACUCCCAGCGUACAUGUUACAGAAUAACGCCUCACCAAAGGGAAGCAUCAGGGAGUGUUUUUUUGUUAGGUGACGUCGGGUCCGGGUGCCGCUACCGGAGCAACCGGGGAUGCCUCAGGUGGCUCGUCAGGCUUCCAUGCCUCAGCCGGCACGUCAGGUUCACAAGACCUGGUUGGCCCGUCAAGCGUCCGUUGCCGAAUCUACCGAGGAUGCCUCAGCUAGCUCGUUAGGCUUCCAUGUCUCAGCUGGCUCGCCAGGUUCCCAUGCCUCAGCCGGCUCGUCAGGUUCCCAUGCCUCAGCUGGAUCGUCAGGUUCCCAUGCCUCAGCUGGAUCGUCAGGUUCCCAUGUCUCAGCUGGCUCGACAGGUUCCCAUGUCUCAGCUGGCUCGCCAGGUUUACAAGACUCGUUAGGCUCUGCAGGCUCCCAAGCCUCAGCCGGCUCGUCAGGUUCCCAUGCCUCAGCUGGAUCGUCAGGUUCCCAUGCCUCAGCUGGAUCGUCAGGUCCCCAUGCCUCAGCUGGCUCGACAGGUUCCCAUGUCUCAGCUGGCUCGACAGGUUCCCAUGCCUCAGCUGGCUCGACAGGUUCCCAUGUCUCAGCUGGCUCUACAGGCUCCGCAGCAGAAGCGACUGGGUCCCGGGUCUCAGGAGAAGCGACUGUUCCGUCCCUGGUCCUCGGGACCGUCCCUCUGGUCGGCGUCGUCAUGCGGCUGGAGCCGCGCAUCAGGAGGGGAGUACUGUCACGUGUAAUCUCUCUCCGGCGUUCAAGGUCACCGGUCCUGGGAUUUAUCAUUACGCGCACCUGCACGUCAUCAUCAGGCACACCUGGACUCAAUCACCUUUCUGAUUACCUCCCCUAUAUGUGUCGCUCCCUUUGGUUACUUCCCCAUGCGUUGUUGACUCUAUGUUUGUGUUUCAUGUCUGUACGCUACUUGUGUUUCUUGUUUUGUUCGAUGUAUUAUUUAUUAUUAAAUUCACUCCCUGUCCUUGCUUCCCGAUUCCCAGCGUACAAAUUACAGUUGUGUUGUGACAAGGUAAGGGGGAUAUACAGAAGAUUGCCCUAUUUGGUUAAAGACCAAGUCCAUAUUAUGGCAAGAACAGCCCAAAUAAGCAAAGAGAAUCGACAGUCCAUCAUUACUUUAAGAAUGAAGGUCAGUCAAAAUGGAACAUUUCAAGAACUUUGAAAGUUUCUUCAAGUGCAGUUGCAAAAACCAUCAAGCGCUAUGAUGAAACUGGCUCUCAUGAGGACCGCCACAGGAAUGGAAGACCCAGAGUUACCUCUGCUGCAGAGGAUAAGUUCAUUAGAGUUACCAGCCUCAGAAAUUGUAGCCCAAAUAAAUUAUUCACAGAUUUCAAGUAACAGACACAUCUCAAUAUCAACUGUUCAGAGGGGACUGUGUGAAUCAGGCCUUGAUGGUCAAAUUGCUGCAAAGAAACCACUACUAAAGGACACCAAUAAGAAGAGACCGGCUUGGGCCAAGAAACACGAGCAAUGGACAUUAGACCGAAUUGGAGAUUGUUGGUUCCAACCGCCGUGUCUUUGUGAGAUGCGGUGUGGGUGAACGGAUGUAUAUUUCCUACCGUAAAGCAUGAUGGAGGAGGUGUUAUGGUGUGGGGGUGCUUUGCUGGUGACACUUUCUGUGAUUUAUUUAGAAUUCAAGGCACACUUAACCAGCAUGGCUACCACAGCAUUCUACAGCGAUACGCCAUCCCAUCUGGUUUGGGCUUAGUGGGACUAUCAUUUGUUUUUCAACAGGACAAUGACCCAACACACCUCCAGGCGGUGUAAGGGCUAUUUGACCAAGAAGGAGAGUGAUGGAGUGCUGCAUCAGAUGACCUGGCCUCCACAAUACCCCGACCUCAACCAAAUUGAGAUGGUUUGGGAUGAGUCAGACCACAGAGUGAAGGAAAAGCAGCCAACAAGUGCUCAGCAUAUGUGGGAACUCCUUCAAGACUGUUGGAAAAGCAUUCCAGGUGAAGCUGGUUGAGAGAAUGCCAAGAGUGUGCAAAGCUGUCAUCAAGGCAAAGGGUGGCUAAUUGACGAAUCUCAAAUAUAUUAUGAUUUGUUUAACACUGUUUUUUGUUUACUACAUGAUUCCAUAUGUGUUAUUUCAUAGUUUUGAUGUCUUCACUAUUAUUCUACAAUGUAAAAAAUAGUAAAAAUAAAGAAAAACCCUUGAAUGAGUAGGUGUGUCCAAGCUUUUGACUGGUACUGUGUAUAUAUAUAUUCUGACAUUGCUCGUUCUGAUAUUUCUUAAUUUCUUUAUUUUUCUGGAUUAUGUGUGUUGUUGUUUUAGGUUUUCAUUGUCAUUGCUAGGUAUUACUGCACUGUUGGAGCUAUAAACACAAGCAUUUACCUGCACCUGCUGUAACAUCUGCAAAUCUGUGUACGUGACCAAUAAACCUUGAUUAGAUUUUUGAUUUAGAUUUGUCAAAAUAAACCAAAUAUACCAAGAUUGAUCAAAUCCUGCAACCAUGGGAAAAUAACCAUUCUUUAUCCAUUGUUACACUUUUCAUUGUAAAGUUGUAUUUGAUUCCUCUCUGCCCACUAGGCAAGGCCAAGACCAAAGAGCAGCGUCAGUCCAUCAUCAACCCGGACUGGAACUUUGAGCGCAUGGGCAUUGGUGGUCUGGACAAGGAGUUCUCCGACAUCUUCCGCCGAGCCUUUGCCUCUCGUGUCUUCCCUCCUGACAUCGUGGAACAGAUGGGUAAGGCACCCAACUCCUUAGUCUUAGUCAGAUCAUGCAGUACUACCUACAGUUGAGGACACAAAAAAGUACGGUCGAGCCAUGGUAUUGGCAGAACAAUUGUCGCAAUGCAUGUGCAACAUCGUGCCUCGGUGCCUCCUAGCGAUAAUUUGUCACAAACUAAAUUGUCUGUGUACACAACUGGAGUAUGCUGUGCUUUCAAAGAUUCAGAGAUUGAGAAGCGUUGGUCUAUAGACAGUCGUUGUUCCAUUGCCCCCCAGGUUGUAAGCACGUGAAGGGAAUCCUUCUCUUUGGGCCUCCUGGUUGUGGUAAGACUCUGAUGGCCAGGCAGAUUGGCAAGAUGCUCAACUCCCGCGAGCCCAAGAUCGUCAACGGCCCUGAGAUCCUCAACAAGUUUGUGGGAGAGUCUGAGGCCAACAUCCGCAAGCUCUUCGCAGACGCAGAAGAGGAGCAGAAGAGGGUGAGUACCAGCCGCCAUCUUGUUUUUGAUGACCACAAGUAAUUAAUCGAACAAAAAAAUCCAUCCACGAUGAGAAAAUCACAAACAAAUGUUAUACGUACAUGCAUGACUGACUGUCUCUCUCUCUUUCUCUUCAUCCACUCUUCCUACUCUCCCCUCUCUUCUCUCCUAGCUGGGUGCUAACAGUGGUCUGCACAUAAUCAUUUUUGAUGAGCUGGAUGCCAUCUGUAAGCAGAGAGGUACUGGGCAAGGCAGUACAGGAGUCCACGACACGGUGGUCAACCAGCUGCUGUCCAAGAUAGAUGGAGUAGAGCAGCUCAACAACAUCCUGGUCAUAGGUAGGUACAUCCUGGUCAUAGGUAGGUAGUGGUACGCUGUCGUAUAACAUACUGGUCAUAGGUAGGUAGUGGUACGCUGUCGUAUAACAUACUGGUCAUAGAUAGGUAGUGGUAUGCUGUCCUAUAAAAGUAUACCUGUUAUAGUUGUUGAACUUUGCUGAACAUCUAGGUGUCAGUUUGUCUAAAUGUAAUUUGAGGUAUAGAUACCAAUCUUACCUUAAGCCUCACAUAGCAACAGAGAUGAAUACAUGACUCUGGUCUAACUACAAACUCCAUCUUUAUAUCCCCCCCUCUCUCUUUCUCUUUCCCACAGGGAUGACCAACAGGCCUGACCUGAUAGAUGAUGCUCUGAUGAGGCCUGGCAGGUUUGAGGUCAAGAUGGAGAUCGGUAAGAACCACACAUCUCUCUGUGCCUUCCCCUUUAUCUCAUGGGUUGUUCCUUUUCGUAUGUUUCUCCACCCUUUAUUGUAUUAUUGUAGGGACCUCUCUCCCUCCCUUUAUUUAUUUAUUUUCUCCCUCCCUCCCCCUCCCUCCCUCCCUCCCUCUCAGGUCUUCCGGAUGAGAAAGGGCGUGUUCAGAUUCUCAACAUUCACACUAAUAAGAUGCGUGACUUUGGCCUGCUGGCUCCUGAUGUGGACGUGAAGGAGCUGGCUGCCGGGACCAAGAACUACAGUGGUGCUGAACUGGAGGGGCUGGUCAGAGCUGCCCAAUCAACAGCCAUGAAUCGCCACAUUAAGGUUCGAGUCCAACCCAUCAACAAACAUGAUCAUCCACAAUAUGGUUAGACUAUCCAAUUGACAGCUUUGAACACCCAUGACAUGGUUAGACUCCACCCCUUAGCAAUGUGCUUUUAGAGGCUUUUAGUCAUAUCUGCCAUAACUCUGUCCUUUGUUACGUCUACUGUAUAUCACAGUCAGAUCAGACUGAAAUGUCUUUCUGCGUGUCCAGGCCACAGCCACAGUGGAGGUGGACACAGAGAGAGCCGAGAAGCUGCAGGUCACCAGAAGCGACUUCUUGGGCUCCCUGAACAACGACAUUAAACCAGUAAGUGUCCCUCUACUAUAUGUGUAUUUACGAAGGAUAGUACACAAAGUGAAUAGGGUGUCAUUUGAGAUUGACCCUUAGACUAUCAUUCCAAUCCUAAAGAGUUCUUCCCCCUCCUCUUUCUCCUCCCCUCCUUCUUCUUCCUCCUCCUAACCCUUCCACCCCCUUCUCCUCAUCCUCCCCCUCUUCCUCCCCCAGGCAUUUGGUUCCAACCAGGAGGACUACGCCAGCUACAUCAUGAACGGCAUCAUCAAGUGGGGCGACCCUGUGACCCGUGUACUGGAUGACGGGGAGCUGCUGGUGCAGCAGACCAAGAACAGCGACCGCACACCGCUGGUGGCCGUGCUACUGGAGGGUAGACCACACACACACACACACACACACACACGUGUGAGCGAACACACAUACACACACGCAAGUGAGCGUAGGCACAUGCAGGUGGAGCUCACACACUUAAGCGCACACACACAGUUGAAAAACAGCCCCCCCCUCUCUCUCUAACAGUCUUUAUUUGUCCAUCUGUCCUCUUAGGACCCCCUCACAGUGGAAAGACGGCCCUGGCUGCCCAAAUCUCGGAGAGCUCAGAGUUCCCCUUCAUCAAGAUCUGUUCCCCGGACAAGAUGAUUGGGUUCUCCGAAAACUCCAAGUGCCUGGCUAUCAAGAAGGUGGGUGUGAAGCCAGGCACCAUGAAAGAAAGAUAGAUACCUGCACACUGUUGAAUGCUCCUGCAGUUUUAUUAAGUUGUAUUAAGUGUUUCGACCCCAAUGUCUUUGUAAGACUGGCACCAUGCCCAUAGAAAUAGAUGGCCACUGUGCCAGAAUCUGGUUGAAUGGUAGACUAGUUGUAGCACUGCUGACUCUGGACCACGCAUUGCCCCAUAGAGUUGGGGGUUGGAUCCCUGGGUCCACCGCUCUCUUUACUAGCUACUUCUCUCCCCCCUUUUCCUAUCUGACGUAUCGAUAACAACUAAGAGCAGAAGAAAGAGAUUAUUACCAAUACUUACUGUAUGGUAUUAUUAUACAGUAUUUUUGUGUUAUUUAACUCUGUAUCCCCUGCCUUCCUUCCCUCAGAUCUUCGAGGAUGCCUACAAGUCUCAGUUGAGCUGUGUGGUGGUGGAUGACAUUGAGCGUCUCCUAGGUGAUUAUUUACCUCCUCAUUCCUCUGAAACCUCAUUCUCCUUUUAGUCUAGUGGACCUCCUAAUUCCGUCGCUAGUGGAGCAACAAACUCGUAUCUCUUUUUAACUUUCCAAUGACGCUGCAGAUAAACAAAGCACUGUAUUUUAAAGCCAAGACCCGGUCUUCAAACCUAAAGGAAUCAGCAGCAACACUAGUGGGUCCUGUCUGAAGUACUGUUCUGAUUUCUUUGUGCUCCACUCCUUUAGACUAUGUUCCCAUUGGACCUCGCUUCUCCAACAUGGUUCUCCAGGCCCUGCUGGUGCUGCUGAAGAAGACUCCUCCUAAAGUGAGUGUUCAGUGUUCAUUACAGCAUUGGCAUGGUUGCAUUGCUUAAUGUAGGUGUUGCGUUAUAUUAAUGAGUUUAUUUACACCAGUCUGUGUGUGUGUAUGCGCGUUUGUGUGCAUGCAUGUGCGUGUGUGUAACUCUGCCUGUGCUUUACUCUGCCUACAGGGCCGUAAGCUGCUGAUUAUCGGAACCACCAGCCGUAAGGAGGUGCUGCAGGAGAUGGAGAUGCUGGACGCCUUCAGUACCACCAUCCACGUCCCCAACAUCUCUACUGGAGAACACCUGGUGGAAGCCCUAGAGGUACACACCACACACACAGUCACACGAACGAACAAGCAAACACACACACACACACACACACACACACAAAAUAUAAAUAUCGAUGAAGGUUUGUAGUAGUUAAUGCUACUGUCUUGUCUUGUGUGCCAUUUGUUUACUCAUUGACAUUGUAUCCAUUCCAGCUACUGGGAAGCUUCACGGAUGCAGAGCGGGUCACCAUCGGCCAGCACGUCAAAGGAAAGAGGGUCUGGAUUGGCAUCAAGAAGCUCCUAAUGCUCAUUGAAAUGUCUCUGCAGGUCAGUGUCAAUCAGCACUCCUCCUCCUCGUCAUCGUUCAGCUGCAGAACAGUCGACCACAAGCGUCAUCCAGUAGCUAUGGUCGCUAGAAAGGUCUCAUGCCUCAAGAAGUGGUGCAAACGGUUUUAUAAUGCCACAUAUUUGCACUGUCAAUGUGUCUUCUUUUUCUUCUUCUUCUUUUUCUUCUGUAAUGCACUGGGGUUCAUCUUUGGUUUCCUGCUUCCUGAUCUCCAGAUGGAUGUGGAAUACAGAGUCACUAAGUUCCUGCAGCUUCUCAGAGACGAGGGGGCGUGAGUACUCCCCAACCCCUCCCCCUUUCCAACCCACGCAAUCACCUUCACCCUGCCUGCAUGCGACUCAAUCACAGCCACCCAAUCACCUCCUUUCUUUGACUUUAUAACCCUGCCUGCCUCUCCUGCAUAUCCAUUACUCCAUUUCUAUCUCUGUGAAUAUUACAACAAGGAUACACAACAACAGGCACAUAUUUAAGGCUAAAGUAAAAAAAAACAUGAUUUACUAUAUUACUAGUAGUAUAACUAGUAUAGUAGAAAUACUAGUAUAUCAGUAUUGCUUAUUUCACUGACACACUGACACAAAUGGGAUCUUAUGAACAUGAAACACUGUAUCACGCUUGUUUAUGUUCUUGAAGAGGGCUAUGAAUAAAGUUGUCAUACUAUCACUUUACUUGCCCACUGACUGCCAAUGCAGUCAGAGUAUCAGUCGUUGACCGGUGUGAUCUCAUUUUGUCAUCACCAGGUUGGAUGACGCCAACCACAUCCGAAUUUAAGCUGUCGCUGAGGGUAAGGGCAUCAGUAGAAGCUACGAGGCUAGCUACGAGGCUAGCUACGAGGCUAGCUACGAGGCUAGCUACGAGGCUAGCUACGAGGCUAGCUACGAGGCUAGCUACGAGGCUAGCUACCCAGACAUUUAACUAGCUUCCCUAACUGCCUCUUCUAGCUUUAGGAAAUAGCUUCCCUUAUUCAGCUUCAUUACAAUGAUACCAAUGUUUUAGAGCUCUAGAAGGACCUGCUAGCACUUCUGAGAUUGUUCCUGUAUCUAUUUCCCUUUACGAGAAAUACCCUCUGGCCAACUUGUGCUAUGAGCGACCAGAUUCUACAUUACAAUGAUCACACAAUUACAUUUCAAGCAUAUGCAGUUGCAGUCAAAUAUAUCAGCUUAUGGAAACUGAUUUAACACUUGUCAUUAAAGAAGCUAUUGUUUAGGUAUACUGACAUCAGCUGUCAAGACAUUUUAUAACAUCUCAUGUCAUUAUAAUGACCGCGUUAUGAGGUUGUUAUUAAAGAUUUAUAUGCAUGACAUACCUGCCACUCCUGUGCCUCAAUCAUGUCUAUGUAAUAAAAACAUUACAUAAGACAACCUUAUGAUCAUUCCCAUCCUAUGUCAUGACCUACCAUGACGUAUUGUUCAUAAUGUCAAUUUGAGGCUGAUAUGAACCUACUGUGAUAGUCUCUGACAAUGGACACCACUUAUUCUAUAUCAGGGGUGCAUAGACUCAGUCCUCAAGCCCAUUGAACUACAGACUGGCUUCUACCUGGGAAACCAGGUGAAUGCACUCUCUCCACCCAAUCGGUGACAUCAAGUGCCAGGGAGAAACAAAAGCAGCAAGACUGCAGAACUUUAGGGUCCUAGAUUGCUGUUUUUUUGUCUCGUAAGUUUCUCCUUACGAGUAGUUCUGAAGCCAGAUUUGAUGAAAGCUAGCCGACAAGAUGAAGAAGUAUUUUCUUUUCUUUUGAAUAGACAUUCUACGCAAUUACUUUAUAUUUGAAAGGUCAUUAAAAGUGCUAAAAUUACUGUUAAAAGAUAUGGUUCACCAUUAUGGUUCUCUUCUUGUUUUAUAGCAUAUUCAAUCCUGUUCAACAUUUGUUUCAUGCAAGACUCAUUCCUACCUUUUGUUGUUGUUUGAGUACAUGCUGUAGUCGGAUGUGGUUUACGAUACGUCAUGUGUUUAAGGUUGGGGACACUGGUAAAUCAUCGUCACCUAAAUUAGUCUGAAUCCAGUUUUCUCCUCAUCUCUCCACACGUCUGUCUCUCCAGUGAACGCAGCGACCGCAAUGACCGCAGCUACAAGUUCGACUAGAGCUGAAGGAGCGUCUGACCAAGAGACAAAAGGAGGAGAGGAGGACAUCCUCUGUUCGUCAUCAGUUCUCAUCCAACCAAUCCGAGAGGGAGAAGAAGUCGCCCCCCUCUCAUCCACGCAUGUUUCAGCGGCAAAUGCCGUCAUCAUCCAUCCAUCCGACACUAUCGACAUAUCACGUCACAGAAACCUAUUGAAAAUCAUACUGUUCCACUAUGUUGUCUGUAUGAAACCCAAUAUGGAUUGCAAAGUGCUGUCUUGUGCAUUGUGCUAUAUUUAGCCAUGUAUGUUUUAGCUUUCUGUAUUUACAGUACUGUGUAUCUGUCUUGCUAUCUAUAUUUAUUCAAACCAGUAGAUAUAUCAGUCUUAAAAACAUGAUAUAUGUAUUAUAUAUACACAGAUUCAUAUGAAGCGUAAGUCAUCAACACUAUUUGAAUAUUCAGAUGAUAACAUAUACAGUGUAGUGGAAGUGAGAAGUGUCGUUUCGGGUGUAAAUGUAUUUCCCUCCAUUAUUUAUUUUCUGUACAUAGUAUAUAUAAAAUGCAGUAUAUCAUGGAUUAUUUCAAAUCAUUCUAUUGACUAUUAUUGAGUAAUAUAUAUCAGUGUUGUUGUUAAUCUCACCCCAAACUUGAAGAUUGUGGUGUUGGAUUAUAACUUGGCUGUAGUCUGUCUAUUAUAGAUGCCUUGUGUGUACGAGACCAGUGUUAAACAAUUCAACACUUUUGAAAGGGUAAAUGUUAUAAAGAAACCUUUAUUACUUAUCAAAUCAGCUCCACGUGUGACUGUGAUUUCAAUAUUUUGUGUGUGCAUGUGUGUGUAUGAAUAAGCAUUGCUUCUGUGUGCCUGUAAGAGUGAGUGUGUUUGUGUCUGUGCUUAAGUACAGUAUGUGUGUGUAAUUGAAUCCAAAUUUGACCAGUCUUUUGUUGUGACGCAUUUGUUAAUUUAUUACUUAAUGUGAACAGUGCUUGUUGUCAAAAGCUAUUUUUAUGUUCUGUCAAUUGACCAUGUGUGUCAACAUACAGAUGUAUUAUUUCAAUAAAAGCACAGAUACACAAGGUAAAAACAACACCUAUCUCUAGUCUCCAUUUUUGGUUUAGUUGUUUGUGUGAAGGUUAGUUGUCAAACCAGCUCGAGCUGGUACUGUACAUGUACAGUGCCUUCAGAAAGUAUUU